AUGAAAUUCGCAAGCAAAAAAAAUAAUCAAAAGAAUUCAAAAAAUGACGAGCGUUAUAGAGAAUUAGAUAAUUUAGUACAAGAAGGAAAUGGCUCCCAAUUAGGUGCAGGUACUUGCCUUGGUAAAUGUGCUCAUGUGUUCAAACUUAUUUUUAAAGAGAUUAAGGAUAAUAUUUUUAUUUAUCUCUUAAGUAUUAUUUAUUUAAGUGUAUGUGUAAUGAAUAAAAUUUUUGCCAAAAGAACUUUAAACAAAAUUGGUAACUAUAGUUUUGUUACAUCCGAGACUCACAACUUUAUUUGUAUGAUUAUGUUUUUUAUUGUAUAUUCCUUAUUUGGAAAUAAGAAGGGAAAUUCAAAAGAACGACACCGAAGUUUUAAUUUGCAAUUUUUUGCUAUAUCCAUGUUAGACGCCUGUUCAGUCAUUUUGGCCUUCAUAGGUCUUACAAGAACUACUGGAAAUAUCCAAUCAUUUGUUCUUCAAUUAAGUAUUCCUAUUAAUAUGUUCUUCUGCUUUUUAAUAUUAAGAUAUAGAUAUCACUUAUACAACUAUCUUGGAGCAGUUAUUAUUGUUGUAACAAUAGCUCUUGUAGAAAUGAAAUUAUCUUUUGAAACUCAAGAAGAAAAUUCUAUCAUUUUUAAUCUUGUCUUAAUUAGUGCCUUAAUUCCUGUAUGUUUUUCAAACAUGACAAGGGAAAUAGUUUUCAAAAAAUAUAAGAUUGAUAUUUUAAGAUUAAACGCUAUGGUAUCCUUUUUCCAAUUGUUCACUUCCUGUCUUAUAUUACCUGUAUACACCCUUCCAUUUUUAAAACAACUUCAUUUACCAUAUAAUGAAAUAUGGACAAAUAUAAAAAAUGGUUUCGCAUGCUUAUUCUUGGGAAGAAACACAGUCGUAGAGAAUUGUGGUCUUGGUAUGGCCAAGUUAUGUGAUGAUUGUGAUGGAGCAUGGAAAACCUUCGCUUUGUUUUCCUUCUUUAAUAUUUGUGAUAAUUUAAUAACCAGCUAUAUUAUCGACAAAUUUUCUACCAUGACUUAUACUAUUGUCAGUUGUAUACAAGGUCCAGCAAUAGCAAUUGCUUAUUACUUUAAAUUCUUAGCCGGUGAUGUUGUAAGAGAACCAAGAUUAUUAGAUUUCGUAACUUUGUUUGGCUACCUAUUUGGUUCUAUAAUAUACCGUGUAGGAAAUAUUAUCUUAGAAAGAAAAAAAAUGAGAAAUGAAGAAAAUGAAGAAGAUUCCGAAGGAGAAUUGACCAACGUAGAUUCAAUUAUUACACAAUAA